AAAAUAUUGAGAUUAUUAAUGAUCGCUGGAUAUUUGUAAAGCAAGUUGAUCGCAAAAUCUAGCAUAUAGGAGGUGCAUGGAACAGAUAUGUUAGCCACGUAAGGUAUUUUUGUGGUUCAUCUUUAAUAUAGAUCGAAGAACUUCAAAAAUCUAUAUGGGUGGACAAUCACAGUAGCAAUUAAACCCAUUGGAUUUGGUUUAAAUCAGCAGUGCUUUACCUCAAUUUUCUUUUUAACAAAACAAUGAUCAAAGACUAUAGACUCUUUUAAACACAAAUUACUAAUAACAAAUAUCAUAAUUGGCCAGUCCUCCAAGUAUUGAUUUGAUUAAUUAGAUCAAGGUAUUUGAAAUAAAUAUUUUAAGGAACAAGCAAAAGUUGUGAGAUUGCAUUAUUAAGCUUGAUUAAUAGGUG